UAAUCCAAAUCCAAAGAACACAAGCCUGGAAUAUCCUCUACCCAACUCCUCCCACUGGCUCCUCGUCGGAGCUCACCUGACCACCAUGCUCUCCUCCUCCCUCAUGCUAACCUGCGGCCACGCUCCGCUCCCCCCGUUCCGCAAACCACGGCGCCUCACCCUCGAUAGAACCGCCGCCGUUACCCAAACCAGCGCCUCCCUCUCCACCUUCCUGCCCGGGCGGGGAGGAGGAGCAGCCGCGCCGCGCCGGGGCUGGGCCCAGAUCUGCCGGGACUCCUCCCGGCCGGGCGCCGAUGCCGCGGAGCAGGACAGAGAGAGCAAGAACGACUUAGCAACGGCGACCGUCCCCAAGAUUGGCGGUGGAGGUGGCGGCGGCGGCGGCGGUGGGCAGCUCAGCGACUGGAUAACGUCGGUGCUGCUGUUCGGGAUAUGGGCGGGGCUCAUGUACUACGUCCUCCAGCUCGCACCAAACCAGACGCCAUACAGGGACACAUAUUUCUUGCAGAAGCUUUUAAAUCUUAAAGUCGACGAUGGCUUUCGAAUGAACAAUGUUCUUGUGUCUCUGUGGUACAUAAUGGGAAUCUGGCCACUGGUGUACAGCAUGUUGCUUCUUCCUACUGGAAGAAGUUCAAAAAGCAAGAUUCCAGUCUGGCCAUUCCUGGUGCUUUCAUGCAUUGGAGGAGCAUAUGCGUUGAUUCCUUACUUUGUUCUGUGGAAACCUCCUCCACCUGCCAUUGAUGAAGAUGAAAUUGGACAAUGGCCAUUAAAAUUUCUCGAAUCUAAAUUAACUGCAGGAGUAAUUUUUGCUGUGGGCCUUGGACUGAUUAUAUUUGCAGGCAAAGCUGGCGGUGAUGAUUGGCGGGAGUUUUUCCAAUACUUUAGAGAGAGCAAGUUUAUCCAUGUCACGUGUAUUGAUUUUACUUUGCUCUCGACCUUCUCACCGUUUUGGGUCUACAAUGAUAUGACGUCAAGACGAUGGAAAAACGGUUGGGUUCUGCCACUGGCAGUUGUGCCUUUGCUUGGACCCUCCUUGUAUCUUUUGCUGCGUCCAUCUCUGUCGUCUCUGCUAGGGGCAACCUCUUCAUCAUCUGACAAUGAGAAGCCUCUGAAAUAACUAGAAUGCAGCGAUGGGUUAAUUUUGGCCAUGAGUAAAUGAUAUAGUUCAAAACUGCGACACUUAUUUUGGAUCGGAGGGAGUACAGUUUAGAAGAUCAGUUAAGAUUAAAUGCUGGAAAUUGUGUUCAUCAACUUGAUCGGGAGAAUUCUUCAGAAUUGACAUGCCAGUACAGUAUUUGCCUUGAAAAGGAAGUCUGGAGAAUGAAGACAUUAAUCAACAUUACAUCAACUUAGCAUGCGAAUACCUCACAGAUUUUAUUUUUUUCAACAAUGAAGCCUGUCAGGUAAUCAUGUGUGCCUUUGAUUAUUUUUCUUUCAAGGAUGAAGCCCGCCAGGUAAUCAGCAAUAUUUGUGUACGAAUGGAAAAAAAAAUCUACCGGUGAUAUUAUACUGGCGUACUCUGUUUAGGUAUAUACAUACAUACAUAAUUUUGAUCCUUUUUUGUUUA